CGCACUCGCAUCAAUGACAUUCGUCUCCGGCGGACUGCUGGCAGCGGAAGUGACACGCGCAGGCGGGUUUGGAUUCCUAGCGAUCGAGUUCCGUUUCGGGAUCGAGCGGUUUCAAGCAGACUUUGCUCUUGCCCGCGAACGACUCGGUACUCCGGAGGGAGAGGUGCUGCCUAUCGGCGUCGGGGUCAUCGGGUGGAUGCUGGAUGCUCCUAUCGGGGUGAAGGAGAUGCUGAAAUGGGCGAUCAUGCAGGGGGUCAAGGCUGUCUGGCUCAGUUUCGGGGAGGACAUUGGCAAGUGGGUGCAGUUCGUCCGGGAGGCGGACGAGGAGCGGGGUGAUGGACGCAAGACGCUUGUUGCUGUGCAGCUCGGGACUGUGCAGCAGAUGAAGGUCGCUGCCGAGGAAUGGAAAGUCGACAUCAUCGUUGCUCAAGGGAGCGAAGCAGGGGGGCAUUCAUGGGCAGCCGCUUCAUCCACCGCGACGCUGUUAACCCAGGUCCAGGCGGCUCUACCCGCUCCACGCCCUAUCAUCCUCGCAGCGGGGGGCGUGUCCUCAGGUGCCCAUAUAGCGUCUUACCUCGCGCUCGGAGCGUCAGGCGUCGUCGUCGGCACGCUGUUCGCCGGGACGGAGGAGAGCGUCUACGACCCUUUCUCCAAAGACGUCAUUCUCAAAGCAGGGUACGACGAUGCCGUGCGAACGACCCUCUGGGACCGGGUGCAGACGUAUCCCUGGCCUAAGGGCAUAGACGGGAGAGCGAUAUGCCAGCAGUUGCGGGAUGACGAUGCUGCUGGGCUGGGGAUUGACCAGAUUAGGGAAAAGAUUAAGGAGGAUGCGAAGGAGGGGAAUAGGAGUAGGGAGAUCGUUUGGGCUGGAUAUCCUGCUGCGUAUAUUAAGCAGAUCCGACCUGCAAAGGAUGUCGUGGAGCAGUUGCAUAGGGAGACGGUGGAGUGCCUUAGACUGGGAACGACGCUGGUGAAGACAGAUUGA